ACUUAAUUUUUUUUUUUUUUGUCAUUUGUAUUUGUUGUUGCACUAUGAAGGCUUUUGAGUUCACUGUUCUGUUCUUGGUGAUGGGGAUUACAGCCUUUGUGAGCUUUAGUUGCUUCAGCACUGGAGGAAUGUCCCUCAAAUGGCAAAAUAACGAUAUGACGAUGACCAUAAAGAGCAGAAAGCUGCAGGACAAUGGCUACGGUCCAAGCACCAAUGGGGGCGAUUCAAGCAACUUAGGUCUGGAAGAUUAUCGUCCCAUAGAUCCAGUUCCUAGCUCGAAAGCUUCUAUAAGACCAGGGCCUAUCGAGCAUGGUACUCCUCUUAUGCCUUAUAUUCCCAAGCCUUCGCCUCCUCCUAUUAGCACCAACGAUGAGCUCCCAUAAGCUCAUCUUUAGUCCACUUCCACUGCUUUUCUAAAAGUUGCGCAAAAUGUAGUUUUUUUUUUUUUCCUAAUAGUUGAACGGAUGUAGUAACUUCAGAAAAGCCAUGUCUCGACUAAUUUUGUGUUUUUCCUGUAAAAAUUUUGUCGAAACACUGUGUAUUACCAUGGCAUGUAAUUAUAGUACGCCUCUAGGCGAUACUUGCACAAGUAAUCAGUUAUUUAUGUAGUUGAAUUACAUCACUGAUAA